UGAGUUUGUGUUAUUAUUUGUGUGCUUAAAGUGCAGUGAAAGGUUUACGAUUGUAUUGUUUUGUUUGUGAUUUCCGAUAAUUCAGCGACCCAUUGUCAUGUGAAGUUAAAAAUCCUUUCUAAAUAAUCCAAAAGUGUCCUUAAGCAUGUUAACGUCUUGAGUAUGGAAAGAUGAAAAGUGCACAUGAUUUCUUACAAAUGGGAGUUAAAUGAAACAAAAAUCGGGUGCAUUAUAUUAGCGCCAUAAUACUUGAUUUAUUAUUCGAAUAUAUAGUCAUAGUUACGUUGACUAUCAUGACAGAUACUCGACGAAGAGUGAAGCUUUACGCUCUGAACGCCGACCGGCAAUGGGAUGAUAGAGGAACCGGUCAUGUAUCAUCAUGUUACGUAGAAAAGUUGAAAGGUACUUCAUUAUUAGUGAGGGCAGAGUCAGAUGGUUCCCUUCUUUUAGAAAGUAAAAUACAACCGGACACAGCUUACCAAAAGCAGCAAGACACAUUGAUUGUAUGGUCAGAAGGAGACAAUUUCGACUUAGCACUCAGUUUCCAAGAAAAGGCUGGUUGUGAUGAAAUAUGGGAGAAAAUUUGCCAGGUUCAAGGAAAAGACCCAUCAGUAGAAAUUACACAGGACAUUGUGGAGGAAUCGGAAGAUGAACGCUUUGAUGAGAUGUCAGAUAGUGUUCAGCCAGUUGAACUUCCAGCUUGUGAGAUGGGGCGCCUUGAAGACAUCAGUGAACUAGUUAACAGUUGUUUAGUCUCACCAGCAAGAAAGGACAAAUUAGCAGCAGCACUAGAAAGUCAGCAUUAUAUCAAAAAACUUUUAAAUCUUUUUCGUAUGUGUGAAGAUAUUGAAAACAUUGAAGGCUUGCAUCAUCUUUUCGAAAUUUUCAAAAGUAUAUUUCUUCUAAAUAAAAACACUCUUUUUGAUACAAUGUUUGCAGAUGAUACUAUUUUUGAUGUUGUUGGUUGUCUUGAAUAUGACCCAAGUUUGCCAACACCGAAAAAGCACAGAGAAUACUUGAAAGAGUUAGCUAAAUUUCGUGAGGCCAUUCCUAUAAAAAAUCAAGAUUUAUUAGCAAAAAUUCAUCAAACAUACAGAGUACAGUAUAUUCAGGACAUCGUCCUACCUACACCUACAGUUUUUGAGGACAAUUUGCUAAGCACAUUGUCGAGUUUUAUAUUUUUUAAUAAGGUUGAAAUAGUGAAACUUAUAGAGGAUGAUGACAAGUAUUUAACAGAUUUGUUUAAGUUACUAAUGGAUAGUAAGACGCCAGAUUCAAAAAGAAGGGAUUUGGUACUAUUUUUAAAAGAAUUUUGUAAUUUUUCACAAAACUUACAGCCGCAAGAUAAAGAUGCUUUUUAUAAGACUUUAGUUACAUUGGGUAUCCUGCCAGCGUUAGAGAUAACAUUAAGUAUAGAUGAUCAAAAGACGAAGACUGCCUCUAUAGAUAUCUUGACGUACAUUGUUGAGUUCUCACCAUCUGUUGUCAGGGAUUACACAUUACAACAAGCAAACAAUACAGAAGAGGAGCAAAUGUUGUUAAACAUAGUAAUAGAGCAAAUGUUAAGAGACAGAGAUCCAGAACUAGGAGGUGCGGUACAGUUAAUGGGUGUGCUCCGUAUCCUCCUGGACCCAGAAAGUAUGCUUGCUUCAGUCAACAAGAGUGAAAAAGCAGAUUUUCUAAAUUUAUUCUAUAAGCACAGUAUACAAACACUAAUAGCACCCUUACUGGUAAACACGACAGGUGAGAAGCCAAUUAGAGAAGACUAUCAUACAGUGCAACUAUUGGGCCUUGUGCUCGAGCUUCUUGCGUUUUGUGUAGAACAUCACACAUAUCAUAUCAAAACUUGCAUAUUAAAUAAGGAUCUACUUCGUCGCAUUUUGGUGCUAAUGCGAUCAACACACACCUUUUUGGUGCUCGGAGCUUUGAGGUUUAUGAGGAGAAUAAUAGCACUCAAAGAUGAGUACUACAACAGAUAUAUCAUAAAGGGAAAUCUUUUUGCACCCGUUAUAGAUGCUUUUCUUAGAAAUAAUGGCAGGUACAACUUAUUAGAUUCAGCUAUUUUAGAAUUAUUUGAGUUCAUAAAGUUAGAAGACAUAAAGUCGCUGUGUUCUCAUGUUGUGGAAAACUAUGGCAAGAUCCUAGAGGAUGUUGAAUACGUACAAACAUUUAAAGCUUUAAAGACCCGAUAUGACCAACAUCAGGACAAGCUAAAAGAAAGGGACAGAGUGAGCGGCAGUGUGGGUGUAGCGGAGGCGGUGGUGCCGUCGUUGCUGCGCACGCGCUACCGACGCGAGGCGCGUACUCCUGAUGACGAGGAGGAGAUGUGGUUCAACGACGAAGACGACCUUGACGACGACGCUCCACUCGACGCCGCCCAGCAUCCAAACACGCAUCACGCACUCGACGCAAUCGGUAAAAUAGUUGAGAAGAAAGUGUGUACGAACGCGGAGACGGUGAACGGUCCGGGGCGCGUUCUGUUGACGGCCGCGGUCAGCAAGCCGCCGCACCCAGAUGUUCAGGUAUCCUCGUCCAGAUUACUCAAUAAGGGUUUGGUUGACUACGACGGCGACUCAGACGAAGAGGAGGAUGGAGGCGGGGGCGGGGGUGGGGGCGGUGGUAGCGGCAGUGGGGGCGGGGCGAGCGCGGGGGGCGGGGCCGGUGCGGGCGCCAGUGAGGAGCGCGACGCCAAGCGGCCCCGCCUCGCGUAGUGCCACCUACACUUUCAAGGAAUAUAAAGUCGUCCGUCUCGCUAGCUGUGCACCAAGUCCCGAUGAGUGAAAUGCUGUAAGAAAAAAACAUUUUUACACUGAUGCAGCCUGAGAUUUUAUGUGUUUGGAUAUUAUAUAUGAACCAAUAUACGCUUUAAUGGCAGCAACUAAAAUUUUAUACUACAAAUGUAACCCAAAAAUCAAAUUUUGUAUUACAAGUUCCUUUGGUCUAAUGGAUUUAUAAGCUACAGUGAUCACUUUACGGGUUACCUGUUUCUUAUCUAUUCCAUUAAAAAACUAAAAGAAAUCAUUAUAUUUGAGCAUAUUACUAUAUUUAGUUACAUAAAAUCUCAAGCUGAAAGGAAAAUAUUAAAUUGUAGUUGUAGAUAUGUAUUGUCCGAUUAGCUGAGUUGUCCUUUUUUGUGUAAAUAAGUGACCCGGGUUGUCUCAGCUCCGACACGUGAAAUAUUGUGUUACAGAUUGACAUGGGAACGUAGAACAAAUUUUACAUUAUAUAUGAGUGAAAUGUAAGAAUUUUAAACGGUUAGGUUAGUUAUCUGCGGGAACGUAAUCACAAAAAAAGUACAAAAAGAUUUUUCGAAUGUGGUUUUUUAUAAUGUUAUAAAUAAUGAUGUAAUGAAAUAACACCGUGGAUCGGAAUGUAAAAAUGUGUAUGUAUUUGUGUUGAUAUUGAAUAAAAAAAAAAUAUUUAAUUUGUCGACAGACACGUGACCAAUUUUUUUAAAGUAUUAUAUUCUACAUAGCGCUGUGGAAUUGCUACUCAGUAGUGUGUAUUUUUGUAUAUCUAUUAACUCACAAAUUAAUUUUGCUUUAUGAUUUCUGUCUGUUAGUAAAUUUUAAGUUUUUUUUACGUGUUUUGUUUAAUUAUAUAAAUAGUUUUGAUUUGUCUAUGACACAAGCAUGAUUGUGAUAAGCUAUAGUUUCGGGUCAUUCGUAUUAUUUAUUUUGCAACACAUCUGCAUUCCUAUUCCUGUAUUGAGCUUCUGAGAGAUAAAGAACUCAUCAGAUUUUUUCAAUUUAUUUUUUAUAGGAUUUUUUUUAAUACCAGCAUAUAAAGUUAUUUUUUUACUUGUAAACAGUAC